AUGACAAUUCCACGCCUGGAAUUGAUGGGUUGUUUGCUGCUUGCUCGUUUACUAUCCGCCAUCUUACCUACGCUGUCCGAAUAUGAUUUACAAGAAAUUCGACUCUACACCGAUUCCAAGACUGCCUUGGAUUGGAUCAACACACCCACAUACAAAUUGCAGAUUUUUGUUGCCAACAGAGUACAGCAAAUUACUCAGUUAACAAAACUUGAGUCAUGGCAUCACGUUACUUCUGCUAACAACUGUGCAGAUAUUGCUUCGAGAGGCUUGACUCCCGCUGAAAUCGUCUCCUGCCAUGAUUGGUGGCACACUACCAAUGCGUUUCGUUGUCUCGCCACUGACUUUCCCGUGUCCAAUCAUCUUGUUUCCAACAUUGUACCUGAGAUGAAAACUAACCCGCUGUACAUUCUCGCUACUGUUGAAGAACCAAUUGAGAAUCGUUUGUAUACCGCUAUAGAACGUGUAUCCAAAUUUGGAAAGCUAUGUCGUAUUUUUGUCUACAUACUAAGAUUUGUCAACCGCAUCAAACCAGCCCGUUAUGAAUAUCGCUGCAAAAUAGUCAAACAGAUUGAAACCUGUGAAACGCCUGCCUCAAUUGACACCACCGCCUGUGAAGCUGAAAUAGCUAGAAAACUCAUUGUUCAUGUUGUGCAACGGGAUAAAUUUCAGAAGGAAAUAACAGAGUUGAAAGCUGGAAAAUGUCCUAAGCAUCUACUAACGUUGCAACCGUACAUUGAUGAUUACGAUUUGAUACGCUUAUCUGGUCGUCUUGAGCACGCUCCGAUUUCUAGUGAAGCUAGAAAUCCAUUAUUGCUGCCGAAAAAUGAGCAUGUAUCCUCACUCAUCAUUCGACACAUACAUCUUCAAAAUUGUCAUGCCGGUCCCCGCACCACACAAGCAGCUGUUUGCCAACAGUAUUGGAUAAUCUCUGCCCGCAAUCAAGUUCGCCGCAUAAUACAUCAAUGUGUCAUUUGUAACCGCUUUUGCCGCACCAACCUACAGCAACGUAUGGCCCCGCUACCUGCUGAACGAGUCACCGCCAAUAGACCAUUCAAUUUAACUGGCUUGGACUUUGCUGGUCCUUUCUCAUGCAAAACAUCUUUAUUGAAACGCACACAAACAACAAAAGGUUAUCUGUGCAUAUUUGUAUGUUUGACCACCAAAGCUACUCAUCUAGAGUUCCUGUCCUCGAUGUCUGUCAACAACUUCAUCGCCGCUCUACACCGAUUUAUUGCCCGCAGAGGUGCGCCGCACACUCUGUUUUCAGACAACGCUAAGACUUUCACAUCCGCCGCAAGAAAAAUGUAUGAGUUAGAAAAACUCUUGAAGACGAUGCCCUCUGAAGUGAAGUGCUUUCUGUCUAACUACGGCAUAAACUGGAAGUUCAUUCCCCCUUAUGCUCCGCAUCAAGGAGGCAUAUGGGAAGCCGCCGUCAAAUCCGCCAAAACACUGCUACACCGCUGUAUUGGGGACACAGCUCUUACAUACGAAGAGUAUGACACCAUUUUCGUUAGAAUUGAAAGUAUUCUAAAUAGUCGACCGCUUACAGAAUUGUCCUCUGAACCUGCUGAAGCUGCCUCCGUGCUCACUCCCGGCACUUCCUAA